ACGAUAGGCAAGCACUCCACAGCCUCAGCCCUGGAUUCUACAGCACCAAGCCUUGCACUGUAGCCUACACCAGCCUCCACUUGCUAUGCUCCUGCCUCAUGUACUUGAAUGCUAGGAUUACGGGGGUGCACCACUACACUGGUCUUCCAGGGUAUUCUUCAUCUGGAAUGUUGUCUCUUUGUCUCCGGCCGGGGUUCUUUCUGGCAGUGAGGGGCUUGCUGGCUCAGGGACAUCGACUCAGGGGAGCUCAUUCUCUUCCCUUCCCAGGCUCAGCCAUCAGGAAGUUACUCCAGUAGCUCUAAAUCAGCCACAGUGGGAAUAUUUACACCACGAAAAUUAACAAAUGCUCCAAAAUUGGAGCUUGGGGUUUUUUUGUUGUUGUGGUUCCUUUCCGUCCCCCUUACCCCCUGAAAAUCAGUUUAUGAGCACACCACCCCAUCUCCCUCUCUUCACCUCCCUAGCUGCCUGCGCCUUUCACGGUUUCUCUAUAUUUCUUGUCUCUGCCUCUUUUUCUCCCCAUCUUUCCAUUGGUUCAGGUGGUCAUUUUCAGCGUGGUUCUUCCCUGCACUGCUCCUCAGACACAUCCCCUGUCACCAUGCCUGAGUCCUUCAGUAUACUCAUACCAGAAAAAGCCAGGUCCACUUAGGACCACAGUGCCCUUAAAUUCUGGGUGUGACAGAGCCCUGAGGGCUGUCCAAAUUUGCCUGCUGGCUACCCUGUCACCUCGACAGUACUCCAGUUCAGCCCACAGAGCUUCCCUUAGAACCUUCCUCUUUCACUGGCAGACAGAUUAUGGGGUCUCCCUUGUGAGGGAUAUGCUCUAGCAUUAUACGCUUGGGUGUUAUUUAUUGCAAGUGGCAACAUUGUGCCUACUGAGGGCUGCCGGGCUGUGUAAGUUUGUAUCCUACAGAGGAGCUCUCUGGGUAGGGCUGGGUCUCCUGGGGAGUGUGCUUACACCCCAGCUGGUCCUAGCAGGCAUUUGCAUAUGAUUUCAGGAACCACUACGACUCUUUCUCAGCUACAGGCCAGGCAGGGAAAGGGCUCCCAAAUGAUGGAAUUCCUCACGUUCAUGACCUUAGGCAAAUACCUAAAUAUCCCCAUGAUUCAGUUACUUCCUUAAUAAUAAUAUUUAAAACUGGGUUUGUGGGGAGGGCGAAAUGAGGUAGAGUCAAAGUGUUUAAAGCGGCCGUAGAUACCCAGGAAGGGGCUAUUAUUUUUAACUUACUUUUCUUGUGGAGAGGUUCCACGGUGGGUGUAUGUACACAUGUAAUGUGUGCGCGCACACGUGUGUAAUGGAUGAGGACUGUAGGUUGGUGUUUUGUAUGAUACAGUCACAGAUGCGUCUCUGGAAAUCAGUAUGGAUGAAUUUAGAGUCUUUAUGACCUGUGUGUUGCCGAGAAAUUACAUAAUGUCUGAGCUGCGGUAACUGGAGACCAGUGGAGCUCGGUACAGGCUUUGAGGCCUAUGUUUGUGUUUUUGUGAGAGGAGUUUUGCUCUCACCUAUAGCCCUUGCUUUUAUAUUGUCUCUCCUCUUCUCUGAAUCCUCUUCAGCUAGGCCCUGGUGGAGACGGGGAGGGCUCUCUUCCCUCCACAUCCUCCCCCACCCGCUUCCCCUACCUAAACAGCAUAGAAGGCUGGGCCCUCUCAGACAUACUGGUCCCUCACUCCCUGGGGUGGGGGAAUCCUGAGGUGACCAUCUCAGUAAGGUUGAGUGAAUAGAAGCUGUUUUGGACCGGCCUCUUGCCACAGCCUGCCUCACAGCUCACCACACGCAAGCUAACUCUUUACCUCAACACACAGAUGAUGUUUUUGGUAAAGGGUGAGAGGAGCCAGGAUGUAGUUUAGGACUCUGGGGUGACUGAACCAGACACCAGCAACUAGGCCUAUUCGGUCCAGGAAGAAAGGUUUCCUGGAAGAGGUUUCCGGCACCCCCCCCCGCCCCCAGGGACCAUGCAUCAGUCCUACUGACCCAGGAGUAGGGGCCUGUGGGCAGGACACCUGGAAUGGGCUGUGUGUUCUGCAAGAAGUUAGAGCCUGCACCCAAGGAGGAUGUUGGCCUGGAAGGGGACUUCCGGAGCCAAGGCGCUGAAGAACGCUAUUACCCUGACCCUACUCAAGGCCGGUCUUCGUCCAUCUCGCCUCAGCCCAUCAGCCCUGCUUUCCUUAAUGUUGGCAACAUAAGAAGCGUCUCUGGGACGGGAGUGACCAUAUUCGUCGCCCUGUAUGACUAUGAGGCCAGGACAGGGGAUGACCUCACCUUCACCAAAGGCGAGAAGUUCCACAUCCUGAACAAUACGGAGUAUGACUGGUGGGAGGCUAGGUCCCUGAGCUCCGGACGCACGGGCUAUGUUCCCAGCAACUAUGUGGCUCCCGUGGAUUCCAUCCAGGCUGAAGAGUGGUACUUCGGAAAGAUCAGCAGAAAGGAUGCAGAGAGGCAGCUUCUCUCCGAUGGCAACCCUCAAGGGGCCUUUCUCAUUCGGGAAAGCGAGACCACCAAAGGUGCCUACUCCCUGUCCAUCCGUGACUGGGACCAGAACAGAGGCGACCACAUAAAGCAUUACAAGAUCCGAAAGCUGGACAUGGGUGGCUACUACAUCACCACGCGGGCCCAGUUCGAAUCCGUGCAGGACCUGGUGCGGCACUACAUGGAAGUGAAUGACGGUCUAUGCUACUUGCUCACGGCACCCUGUAUGGUCAUGAAGCCCCAGACUCUAGGCCUGGCUAAGGAUGCCUGGGAGAUCGACCGUAACUCCAUAGCACUUGACCGCAGGCUGGGCACCGGCUGCUUUGGAGACGUGUGGCUGGGCACGUGGAACUGUAGCACAAAGGUGGCAGUGAAAACGCUGAAGCCAGGCACCAUGUCGCCGAAGGCCUUCCUGGAGGAGGCACAGAUCAUGAAACUGCUGAGGCACGACAAGCUGGUGCAGCUGUACGCGGUGGUGUCAGAGGAACCCAUUUAUAUUGUGACAGAGUUCAUGUGCUAUGGUAGCUUGCUGGAUUUCCUAAAGGAUCGAAAGGGUCACAACUUGAUGCUGCCCAAUCUAGUGGACAUGGCUGCCCAGGUAGCAGAGGGCAUGGCCUACAUGGAGCGCAUGAACUAUAUCCACCGAGACCUGAGAGCAGCCAACAUCCUGGUGGGGGAACAUCUAAUAUGCAAGAUCGCUGACUUUGGGUUGGCACGCCUCAUAGUGGAUGAUGAGUACAACCCCCAACAAGGAACCAAGUUUCCCAUCAAGUGGACAGCCCCAGAGGCUGCUCUCUUUGGCAGAUUCACUGUCAAAUCAGACGUGUGGUCCUUUGGGAUUCUGCUCACUGAACUGAUCACCAAGGGCAGAGUUCCAUACCCAGGUAUGAACAACCGGGAAGUGUUGGAACAGGUAGAGCACGGCUACCACAUGCCAUGCCCUCCGGGAUGCCCAGUAUCCCUGUAUGAGGUCAUGGAGCAGACCUGGCGUCUGGAUCCAGAGGAGAGGCCCACCUUUGAGUACCUGCAGUCUUUCCUGGAAGACUAUUUCACCUCCACAGAACCACAGUAUCAGCCCGGAGACCAGACAUAGCCUGACUGGGUAUCAGUGACCCUCUGAGACUAUGUACUAACCCUUGCCAAUCCCCAGGGCACUCUGGUCCCAGUGCCCCGAGACUUGGAACCCUGUGGAAUCCUAGCACGUCGGAAAAAGUCCGAAGCUCUGAAGCCAUUUUAUAGAGGGUGCAAAUGGAGACUAGAAAUUCAUCUCUUACCUUCGCUGGCCCCAAGCACUCUUUCUUCCCUUCCCACCCAUGCCCCAUGCAAAAAUCUAGGGCACCCAGUCAUUUCACAGACGGAGUAAAUGGAUGCUCAGAGUUCAUCUCUCGUACACUCUGACCCCAGUACCAUUUUUCCUGUCCCAUUAGGCUCCUACGUACCGUUAGUCCCCCCCCCAUCUCCUAAAAAUACUCAUACAUUGUGUAGUUAUUUAUAAAAUUGUAUUUCUCUUCUUCCACUUACCUCUUAUCCCUGCUUUCUAACCUCCUGUCAGCCCGCUCCAGCCCAGACCUUAAGAGUUUAAUUCUGAGGUUCUCUUGGGUUUCUCUACGUUACAAAGGCAGGGGACGUCUCUGCUUGAUUCCCCGUCUUCAGACUGGAUGCUGUGGUCCAGGCCCAGGUCUGAAGGAGAGAGCCAUUGAAGGCUCACCAUCUCUCUGAGUGGUCUGAAUGUGUUUAUUCGUUAUAAACGAACAGUGAUGAUCGAGCUGUGACAACUGCCGGAGCCAUCUUUGGGGCGGAGUGGUGGUCCGCAGGAGGCGAACAGGAUAGCUUUGGCUAUUUGUGGGGCGGGGGGGGGCAGUGUGGGGGUGUCGAGCAGUUCCCUCUUACCUACUAAGUACAAGGUACCCAGUGUAUGGAGUUUCAGGAUACCCCCGUGUCCCACACGUCAGUUUGCCAUGAGUCGAGAGGCGCGCAAAGCAGGUGACUGGAAAUAGACACAUGUGGUUUUGAAUCUGGAUACAGCUAAUUCCUCACCUGCUUAGAGCUGACUUCCCAGCCGUCACAGGAACACUCGCACAGUUAGGCCUCUACAGCUGUCAGGCUCCCCAGAACAGAGCAAGAGGAGGGUGAAGGGGAAAGGCCUAGCUCAUAGGACCUCACUGGGGAGUGGGGUGGGUUCUUCCCCACCCCAGGGAGCUUUCGGAGACCUUAGGAAGUAUUUUUUUUUCUUUUUUUUUGGAGCUGGGGACCGAACCCAGGGCCUUGCGCUUGCUAGGCAAGCGCUCUACCGCUGAGCUAAAUCCCCAACCCCAGGAAGUAUUUUUAUUAUAGUGACUGGGAGCACUUACUAGCUGGGACCAGGGAUGAUAGAUGAUCUUUGAUGUACUUCUUGGGUCCUCCGUGGAGAAACUGACCGCUGGCAGGCCUCUGUUUGGAAACCAGGGAAGUAGGAAAUGUGGAUCUCCACCUCUCCUGUCAGGAAGUCUUUAUUGGCUUAUGAUGGGAAAGACGAGAGGAGUCUGGGAGCUGGGAGUCGCUGAAGCACUAGGCAAUUACUAAGAAUUGACUCUGAUGCACUCUUCACUGUGCAGGACCCUGGGCAUAAAAAAAUGAGGGAGAAGGGGCUGGGGAUUUAGCUCAGUGGUAGAGCGCUUGCCUAGCAAGAGCAAGGCCCUGGGUUCGGUUCCCAGCUCCGGAAAGAAAAAAAAGGAAAAAAAAAUGAGGGAGAGCUGCUCUUGCUCUGGAGGCUUGCCCUUGGGUGAAGAAAUAAUGAAUGAAUGAAUGAAUGAAUGAAUGAAUGAACAAAUACUUACCUUUUAAGAAAAAAAAUGAGGUAUGGACUCAUAGAACCCAGGAUGACCUCGAACUCCCAAUCCUCCUGCCUCCAGCUUCCAAAUGCUGGGAUUACAGUUGUGUCCCACCAUGCCCAGUUUAAUCUAUUAAGCUGACUGGAACAUGGCGGCACACACCUUUAGUCCCAGCACUGGGGAGGCGGAAGCAAGCAGAUGGGCAGUGUUUGAAGCCAGCAUAGUCUAUGCAGUGAGUUCCAGGACAGCUAGGGAUAAAGGUGAGACCCUGUCUCAAACAAAAGCAAACAAGCAUUCCCGCUGACUGUCAGAUAUUUUUGCGGCCUUUCUGCCCCAUGUAAUCAAAUGCCGAGACUGUUUCCUAUGAUUAGUUCCUCUGAAUAAGAAAACCAAGGGUCAGGGGUUACCUGAUAUGCCUGGAUUACUCAGAUGCACAUAGUAGAGCUGAUCUACACAGAGCCCAUGGUCUCUUCACUAGACUUCAUUAUCUCUGGGUUUUGGAAAAGGGUGGGGUGUGUGUGUGUGUGUGUGUGUGUGUGUGUGUGUGUGUGUGUGUGUGCUCUCUACUUAACAGCAAAAAGAUGCCCUAGAACCCUCCGCCAAACUGAGGAAUCUAAAGGAAAGGGGCAGGGUGACAUCUACUGAGAGUUCCCUCUGACCAGGUUUGUGUUGAAUGGAAACAAAAUAUGGAGUGAAGGUGAUGGAGAGAUGGCUCAGUGGUUAGGGGCCCUGACUGCUCUCUUCCAGAGGACUUGGGUUCAAUUCCCAGCAACCACAUGGCCGCUCACAACUGUCUGUACUCCAAGAUCUGACACUCUCGCACAGGCAGAACACCAAUGCACGCAAAAUAAAAAUAAACAAAUUAAAGAUUAAAAUAAAAUUUAGAUGGAGAGAAUCCAGGCAAACACUCAGGUACCAAAGCAUCUUCAGGCCAUAGGGGUCCUAGCCAGCCAAAUUCACUAGAACCUGAUAUGCAAGCCAGAAGGUAGUGUUGUUUCUCUCUUCCUGCCCUGGGGUUAAAUAGUAAGAGCACAGCUCUGUAGCCGUUUCCCACUGUGAACCCUGCCACUGUGAACCCUGCCACUGUGAAUCCUGCUUCUACCACUUGCUGGCUCUGUGGUUCUAUGCGAGUGUUUAAUUUCGCCAAGCUCCAGUUUUGCUCAACUGUGAAGUAGCAUUAAAUGUUUUAAUACACGUCA